GCGUGUGGCACUUUGAGUCGACUUGCGCACGGCGUCCUAGCAACACACGAGUUUAAAUAAGCGAAUAGAUGUGAUAUAGCUGAUCAGAGUGACUUGCGCGCCGCUCCGUAGUUGUCAUCAUAGGAUCCUAGCCAAAGUCUUUCCUCAUCUGCUGUCAAACGAGAUUCAUAGGCAGCGUACUACUGUCCUGAGAUUUGACAUCGUUUCGCCGCAAAUCCGAAGGAUCUUUUUGCACCAGUUUGUACAUUAAGAGAGAAUACAACUAAAAUGCCAGCUGAUAUCAUGGAGAAAACCACCGCAUCUCCGGUAGCUGGUGCCCCGGCUAGUGGAGCUCACACACCGGACAAACCAAAAAGUGCCAGUGAACACAGAAAGUCUUCGAAGCCAAUCAUGGAGAAACGGCGUAGAGCGAGAAUAAAUGAAAGCCUUGGGCAGCUGAAGACUCUCAUCCUGGAUGCACUUAAGAAAGAUAGUUCCAGACAUUCAAAGCUGGAGAAAGCAGAUAUCUUGGAGAUGACAGUAAAGCACCUGCGGAACUUGCAGCGCGUGCAGAUGACUGGAGCUCUGACAGCCGACACAACAGUCCUCAGCAAAUACCGAGCAGGAUUCAACGAGUGCAUGAAUGAGGUGACCCGCUUCUUGACUACUUGUGAUGGGGUGAACACGGAGGUCAAGUCUCGGCUCCUCAACCACCUGUCCGGCUGCAUGGGACAGAUGAUUGCGAUGAAUUACCCACCGCCAUCCUCGGCCCAGCAGCAAGCGCACCUUGCUCAGCCUUUGCACGUGCAGUUACCAUCUGCUGCCACUGUGCCAGUAAACGGCGUCUCCAUGCCUUGCAAACUCAGUCCCUCCGAGGCAGUGUCACCGAAGGUGUACGGUGGUUUUCAGCUCGUGCCAGCCACCGACGGACAAUUCGCCUUUAUCAUCCCCAGCCCGGCUUUCGCUUCUGCGACUACUCCUGUUAUCCCCCUCUACGCCAACACAAACGUACCAGUCACGCUCAGCUCAAACUCCAUCCACACCACAUCGGGAACGACCAUGAUUUCCCCGGUUCAGGGCAUGACUUCUUUCGCUGGCGUUUCAAAGGCUGUAAGCCCGAUGAGCGUCAGUGUUGGCGCGGACAGUAAUGAGUCUGUCUGGAGGCCGUGGUGAACGGAUUUUGGGCAAAUGGUAAAGGCUUGAAAGAAAAAAAGGAAAUAAUUUAGUGACUUUUUAUAAAGGAGAAAUUAGUUCCGUUUUAAGGAACGUUACUGACCCUUAUUCGAAUAUUUAUUGGCUGAUUCCAGAUUUUUGGAUGUUGGUAAUAAAUAUGUUCAUUUUUUGUGUGGAAAAAUGUUUAUAGCCCAUUGAUUUCAUUUAUAUCGUUUUUAAAUAUGGUUUUAUAUAAGAAUUAUCGAUCAUUGCUCAAUGCCAAAGCUGUUUUAUAUUGCUUGUUAGUUCCUGUUCACGAAACUUCAACUUGUGAGGUUUUGGUUUGGAAAUAAUAAAAUUUUGGAAUCAACUCUGAAA